GGGCAGCGCGGCGGGUGCGCGCAGCGCGGCGGGAGCGGAGCGGAGGGACGCGCCGACGGAGCGGCAGCCGCCACACACCUGCCCCAGCGCCGCCGCCAUGGGCCGGAUGCCCGCGCUCCCGGUGACCGCUCUCUGCCUGGCCGCGCUCUGCGGCUCGGCCGCGGCGAUGAUGGCGACGGCGGCGGCGACGGGGCGAGCGCCGAGCGGCUGGGCGAGCGCCCCCCCCUCGACCGUUGUUCCAACAAUUGAUCCCUCUACCAAUGCUACUACAGCCUCAGCCUCUACCAAUGCUACUACAGCCUCAGCCUCUACCAAUGCUACUACAGCCUCUACCAAUGCUACUACAGCCUCUACCAACGCUACUACGGCUCAUACUACUAUAGCUAACAUCACUAAUGCAACUGCACAUACUCCUCUACAUACAACUGCCAGUUCUUCAGUCACCAAAACAACCAGUAUACCAGGUACAAAUGCUACUGUGACUCCUGCACCUUCUCCACGCAAAUCUACAUUUGAUGCUGCCAGUUUCAUAGGUGGAAUUGUCCUUGUGCUGGGUCUGCAGGCUGUAAUUUUCUUUCUGUACAAAUUCUGCAAGUCGAAAGACCGAAACUAUCACACUCUUUAGGACCUGCCACUUUAUAAUGGACUGGUAGCCCAACACCUGUAGUUCACUGAACCAAAAUAUCUUCUGUUGCUCAUGGAAGACAGCAGUUCAUAAUAUCAUUUAAAUCUCUAAAAGAAGACUUUAAGAGAAUAUUUUUGCAACAUUAUACUUGGCAAGAGGUGAUAUGAAUCUCCAACAGGAUUACUUGCAAUAUGCUGCAUGGGUUCUAAUGGCUGUCUAAUUUUUCUUUUGUGGCUGCUGCUGUGGGACUCUUUCAAUAUGCCAAAUGUAGACAUUCACAGAUUUUUAUGUUCAGUGGUAACACUGUCUUGAGUAGACAAUCUCAUGGUGACUUAUUGUGAAGGCUAAUUUAAUCAACCUUUGAGGCAGUAUCCCUUCAGUUUUAUUAAGAUGUGAAUUAUUGGUGACUGACUUCAGGGAGCAAGAUACCAUUUUUACUAGCCUGUGGCCCUUAUAGCAUGCUGCUAGACAGAUGAACAGAAUUUGUAGAAGUAGAUAAUGUCUUAAUGAAAUAAAAUAACCUCUUUUUUUAACACAAGAAUAAAGGUUGCUUGAUAUAAUACUUAUUCCAAACUAAAAUCUUGUGCCCUUUCCAAUUAAUGUUGAGGGUGGAGAGGGGAUGUGUAGGUAAUCUUCAUAAAAGGGAAAUGAAGAUUAGUGCCUUAAAAGACUAAAAAUUAGUGGGUUACAAAAGUGUCCCUCUUAUCUCAAAGGUAAACAAAACCUGUUAGGUACUAGCUUUGUAUAGGAGAAUGGAAUAUGAGUGACUUCAAGCAUUCCAGUUUCAAAACUUCCUACACUAAAUAACAGUUCCUUAUUGAUCUUACUUCUGAGGGUGAGGGAGUGUGGUACAGUAAUCUUCAACUAUGAACAGGAGAUAAAAGUUGUUGACCUUUUGUUCUGGCCUGCAAAGACUGAGGUAAUACAAGUGACAAGAGUCAGUACGGUUCACUCCCUGCAUAAAAAGGCAACAACGUGUCUGUGUGUGUGUAUAUAUAUAUAUAUAUACUUGAAAUACUGGCAUUAGGGAAAUUACGAGAUUUUUAUUCUUCAAAUGCUUCUUAAAUUCAUCUGUUAAUUUAAUUUCUGUAUUCAUCACUCUCUCACCCUCUUAGAUGUCUGCUUGCUGAAGGAGCCAUAGAGUGUAGUCCAAAGGAUCUGUUGAUCUGAUUUGAUCUGAAUCAGGAUUGUUAUAGUCCUGAGACUGCUAGGAGCUUGAGGGGGA